AUGCUAAUAUUUUGCUUUCGUUACCGUGAGAUGCAGCUGGAGUUCAGCAGCAGAGCCUGCAUGUGAGGAUAAACGUGUUUAAGUGGACUCUGUUUAAACUUUCGGGAUGUUUCACCUCAGACUCAUCUCCUGUUAGCCAAGAAUGCUAAAGGAAGUUAGCUUGUUAGCAGGGAGUGAGCUGCGUGUCUGUAACGGAGUGUGUCUGGAGGAAAAGCUGCUGUAAACAUGUCUAAAGUCCAAACGCUGAGAGCUUUUGUCCAGCAGCGACUAAGUGCGGCUGCUGAAGAGAUAUUUGAGCUGUUUGAAAGAACGAUAGCAGAGUACGAGGAGGAACUUUGUGGACAACGCAAACUACUGGACGCUGUUUUCAAGCCUGAAGUCCGGUUACACAGAGCAGACGCCCAGCUGCUAUUGGUGAGUAAAGGAGAGGUUCCCCCUGAGGAGCAGGGCAGGAACUCCAUUCUGGACCAGAAGGACCCACCAGAGCCCCCACACAUUAAAGAAGAGUGGAGCUCCAGUCUGGACCAUGAGGACCCACCAGAGCCCCCACACAUUAAAAAGGAACAGGAGGAGCACUUGAUCAGUCAGGAGGAGGGGGAGCAGCUUCAAGGUUUCGAGGAUUCUAAUUUCAUCAAGUUCACUCCUGUCCCUGUGAAGAGUAAGUUAGAUGAAGAGAAACCUCAGUCCUUACAGCUUCAUCAAAGACUAACUGAGCAGAUGGAAACAGAAGCUGAUGGAGAGGACUGUGGAGGACCAGAACCAGCCAGGAACUCUGAUGCAGAUGGACAUCUACAACCGGCUACUCAUGACAAGAUUUCAUACUCAUCUGAAACUGAAACUGAUGACAGUUGUGACUGGGAGGAGACCAGAGAACCUGAGUCAGGUUCAAACCCUCUGCAAAACAGUGAAGUACCUGUAAGUGAUCAGGAAUGUUGUACUGGAAAAACAUCAAGCAGCUCCUCUGAAUGUGCUACAAGCUUUGGCCAGAAGGAAACCCAAAAGAUAGAGGAGCCAUUUAGUUGGUCAGUUUUCAGAAGAAUAUUUGGUCAAAUGGAAAUUCUGACGCUCCCCAUGGGAGAUAAGCAAUACAACUGCAGCGUUUGUGGCAAAAGCAUUACUUGGUCCAAGCUUAAGUACCAUCAGUGUGCUGGUCGUCAGUCCUCACACUUUCUCCAAAAGCAAACUGAACAGAACAAAGAUCCAGAGCCUAUGAAAACUGAAGCUGAUGGAGAGGACUGUGGAGGACCAAAACCAGCCAGGAACUCUAAUGUAGAUGGACAUCUGCAACUACCAACUCAUGACAAGAUGUCACACUCAGGUUUAAACCCUCUGCAAAACAGUGUACCUGUAAGUGAUCAGGAAUUUUGUACUGGAAAAACAUCAAGUAGCUCCUCUGAAUGUGCUACAAGCUUUGGCCACGAGGGAUGUCUGCAGGAACCCAACGGACUCCAAAAAACAAGAGAGGAGCCAUUUAGUUCUUCUGUCUGUGGUAAAGGAUCAGUUUUAACCAAACACUUAACAGGUCAUACAGGAGAAAAACCUUUCAGCUGCUCGGUUUGUAAAAGAAGUUUCAAAAACAGAAGCAGUUUGUCCAAACACAUGGGAACCCACACAGGGGAGAAACUGUUGAGUUGUUCUGUCUGUGGUAAAGGAUUCACACGAAAGUCAGAUAUGAGACGACACUCAAUUGUCCACACAGGUGACAAACCCUUCAGCUGUUCUGUCUGUGGUAAAAAAUUCAGACAAAACUCAAAUUUGACCUCACACAUGAGAGUUCAUACAGGAGAAAACUCUUUCAGCUGCUCCAUUUGUAAAAAAAGCUUUGGUUCCAAAAGCUGUAUGUCCAGACACAUGAGAAUCCACACAGGUGAAAAACCCUUCAGUUGUUCUGUCUGUGGUAAAACAUUUUCACAAAACUCAAAUUUGACCUCACACAUGAGAGUUCACUCGGGAGAAAAACCCUUCAGCUGCUCAGUUUGUAAAAAAAGAUUCCGUGACAAAAGUUAUAUGUUCAAACACAUGAGAAUCCACACAGGUGAGAAACCUUUUAGUUGUUCUUUCUGUGGUAAAAUAUUUUCACAAAAGUCAAAUCUGACCUCACACAUGAAGAGUUCACACGGGGGAGAAACCGUCUAGUAGCUUGUAGUAGUAGUUUGUUAUAAAUGUUUUGGGAUCACAGGAACCUCACAAAGGUGAAGAGGUCAUUUAGGAUCUUAAUUGUCAUGCUAGUCAUUGAACUCAGUUUCCCAGUAUCCUCCAAAGGUCACGCAGACGCUUGAACUCGGCCUACAGACCCAACUGCAGCCUCAAUUGGUCAAGACCUGUGACUUCAGACACCUUAUUGAUAAAACCACAGCUCUGUUUCCUCUCUUUCCACCUUCUUUCCACUCGGUUCUUCUCUCCCUUGGCUCCGCUACCUCUCAGGAGGACACCGGCCUGUUUUGACGCCACAGCGGCCUCCCAGCUUGGCCUGCUCAGACCGGACAGCCGCUUAAGAUCCUGAUGGUCAACAUGUUUUAAAAUGUGAUAUAUAAAUGAAAUGACUUUAGUUACCUCCCAACAUCACAGUUUAUUUCUAUUUGAAUGGACUCUCCUGGUCUUUGCUCUCAUUAUGUGUAAAACACGAACAGUUGAUUCUUAAAGUGCUCGGACUGUAUUUGAGUUUUAUCGGUAAGAUCUCAAGUCUUUGUUUCAAACUUUGAUUUUACACAGUUGGACAGCUGAUGUGUUGUAUUUGUUGUAUUUAGUUGCUUUUAAAUCAGAGGUUUUGGAUUUUCCAGCCUUUUUCCGGACAGUAAUCAGAUGCCAUGUGGAUGUUGAGAGAGUUAUUGGCUGCUGUAAUCAUCCUUCAGCUGGGUGUCUUCAUCCGGGGACUCAAGCAUGUUCAUUGCAGUUGUUUUGUUUUGACUCAGACUGCUGAGAUCAUUGUAAAGAUUUGUUUCUCUGCCCCGCUCACUAACACAUCAUUGGUUCAAACGUGUGGCUGCUCUUUAGUAGCUUCAUGGUUAUUUUCUCAAGGCUUAAACAUAUAUUCUCAUUUGUUUUAAGGAAAAUCUCAAUGACAGGUGUAAAUAAGUAAAUACAGUGUUUGUUCCUUACUAGUUUUCUAAUGAUGUUUGAUGUGUAAUCCAUUGUAAGUUAGCAAUAAAAAUGUUUAAUGUUUUAA